CGAAUCGAUCGAACAAGCGUUGUUUCAGGAGCAAAUAACGGGAUAGGGUUGGAGGUGGCGGCAGGGCUUCGAGGCGCAGGGCACCACGUGAUCAUGGCCUGUCGCAGCUUGCAGCGCUGCGAGGCGGCCAAGGCCAGCCUGGAUGCCCGCCGCCUGCCCGGCUCCUGCGAAUGCCGCCUCCUCGAUCUCGACGACUAUGUCUCCAUCAGGCACUUUGCUGCUGAGCUGCAAGCAUCAGCUCCAUCCACAGAGCUGGCUUGCCUGGUGAACAACGCGGGCGUGAUGGGGCUGCCGCCAGGACCGGAUGGCAGCUGCUCACACUGGCGCCCCAACCACCUGGGCCCCUACCUGCUCACCCGUCUGCUGCUGCCGCUGAUGGCGCCGGGGGGUCGCGUCGUGACUGUGGCCAGCGAGGCACACCACCGCGGCAGCCUGCGCAUCGCCCGUGACGAGCGCACCGGGCGGCGGCAGCUGGACAGUAGCGGCAGCGGCAGCUGGUAUGCCCACUACGCCUGCUCCAAGCUGUGCAACGUGCUGAUGACGGCUGAGCUGUCGCGGCGGCUGCAGCAGCGCCACAGCACCGUCACCUGCUCCUCCGUGAGCCCCGGCCGCGUCAACACCGGCAUCUUUGGCAACGUGCCAGGAGCGCUGCAGUCGCCGCUGCGCUGGCUGGCCGCCUCCUGCUUCCAGACGGCGGCGCAGGGCGCCAGCACGCCGCUGUACGCCGCUCUGUCGCCAGAGCUGGAAGGAAGGCACGAGCUGUAUCUGCACGCCCUGCAGCCAAGGCGUGCCUCGGCGGCAGCUCGCGAUCCAGCGCUUGCGGCAGAGCUGUGGCAGCUGAGCGGCGAGCAGGUGGGGCUGGCG